AAAGACCCUGCGGCCGAUAUUCUACUUCACUUUUGUUACUUUGCCGUUAACGAGGACUUCAAGGGAGGGAUCGCGAGCUUGACGAUGCUGGUGUACUUCAGGGCUGUAUGCGGGCUGUCGACCCCUGACGGCAACAAAUGCCUCCAGCCUUACCGGUUCACCUCUAUCCUGGCGAAGCUUAUAUACUAUUUAUGGCUAAUUUUUCUUAAGGCAGUACUGCCGCGUUUCUCGUGUAGCUACGGUGGCAUUAUGCGUCGGCUGCGUCACGUGCUAUUGCGAAGGCUCAAUACGGCCCCCUGUGAAUAUAUAUGUGAUAGCACUUUAUCCCCUAUAGGCGAGUUCCUAAGUCUCCUGUCGUAUGGCAACGCUCUUCGGCGGUCUUAA